AUGCAAGGCAACAGCAAGGAGGCUCAUAUGGACCGGCUAGAUGCGAAACAUGAUAUUGAAGGACGCCGAGUGUGGAAGUACAUCAGCCGCCGAAGGCCCCAUGCUUUCCUCUGGAUGGGCGAUAACGUAUACGCGGACCACAUGCAGCUCCCAACUGCAAGUGAUUCAAGGAACUUCUUGUGGAAGCUCUCGGAGGGAAAGAUGCCGAUUCCUCCGCCGGGCCUCAUCGCAGCUUACAACAGCCAGCUUGCUAAUACAGAGUACACGGAAUUCUUGAGAGAAGUUCCCAGUAUUGCGGGGACUUGGGACGACCAUGACAUGGGCGAAGAUAAUGCCAACAAAAUAGGUACAAUGCAGCGUGAGGCUUGUGUCUGUGGUCCUGCGGAAGAGUCGAAGGAGACCAUGCUCAAUUUUCUGGGUGUGGACGAGACUGCUGCCAUUCGGUCGCUGGAUUGGAAGGGCGUGUAUUCAUCUCACGAAAUUUAUAUUGGCGAAGAUCUCAACGUCAAAGUGAUCUUUCUUGAUUUGCGCUUUGAAAAAGAUAGCUGGUGGCUCAUGGACAUGGGAGACAUGCUGGGAGAGCAGCAGUGGGCAUGGCUGCAGCAGGAGCUGCAAUUGUCCACAGCAGACGUGAAUCUAGUGGUCUCUUCACUGCAGACCUUCGCCAACCACAGGCAAGAUGCUACGACUUCAGUCCCUACAUGA